GCAAGAACAAACGCGCUCGAAGCGCUUCUUCGCGUCUGCCUCAUGCGGGAGCUGCAGAGCGCGUGCAGCACGGCGUGGCAUGUGGGGGUGGUGGUGGUGCUGGGGGCCGUGCUGCACCCGGAGCUGAAAGCCUUCUACCACUCCGGGCAUGGAGACAUGAAGAACACGGUCUCGGCCAUCGACACCUGGGCGGCCUGCCUUCUGCUCUGGGCCCUCAGUCUGGGCGCCGGGCGCAGCACGCUGCCCAAGCGCGAGAAGCUGCGCUGGGCGGCGCCGCCGGGCAUCUUCGUGUUCCUGGUGAUCACUUUGGCCACCUGGGCCAACUUCCUGAGCUACGGCUGCUACGCGGCCUUCGGCCCCACGGAGCUCGUCUUCGUCUACGCCUUCGCGCGGAUCUGGCACCCCGCGGAGCGGCAGAGGCCCUGGUGGCAUGAUCUGCCGGCAGUACUGGUCACCGCUCUGGGCAGUUUGCUCUGCGUGAUCGGUGGCUCAUUCGACGCCUCGCCUGUGGCUAUGCUGGCGGCGCUGCUGUGCCGUGCCUGCCAGGCGCUGAUGACCGUCUCGCUGCGCAGCUGCUGUGUUGCCCUGGCUUCCGGCAGCGCCAAGGAGGAGGUUGGUGUGCUGGAGAUCACGCAGUGGAAACUGCUGGUGACCGCCCUGCUCUGCCUGCCCUAUGCGCUCCUCACCGAAGGGCUCGCGCCCUGGCGACUUCUAGGAGACCGAGAGUUCUGGUUCCACCGCUCCGGCGGGCUGCUUCUGGGCAGCGUGCUCAUCACCCUAGGCUUUCAGUGCUGCACGGUGGGCCUGAACCGCGGCCUGCGUUCGCCGGUGGCUGCGGUGCUGCAGAGCGCUUUGCAGCCACUCUUCGGGCUCCUGCUGCUGGUGCUGCUGGCGGAUGGCCCUUUGAGGCAUCAGCUGGGCCUGAAAGCGCCCACCCUGCUGGACCUGGUUGGCCUGGGGUGCAUGCUACUGGGGGUGCUGCUCACUGCGGGCACCGCUUGGCGGCGCCAGUCGCGCGGCGAGAGGUUUUUGCAGAGUUGAAGG